ACUUUCCCGUAGCGUUAUCGUAAAACGAUGGAUGGAAUGAACACGUCGCGGAGCUUUACAAGAAUAUAUAUUGCGAAUUUUUUUUUCUUCAGCAGUCUACUUUAUAGAUCGAGAUUAUGGUGAUGUGCCAGCUGCAAGCCGUUCUACGAACCCAAGCUCCCCGAUGUCUUUGGAGACACAUAUCACUGCUUAGAAAUCAAUCCUUCCAAGAGGAGCAGGCAUGCCUACGGUCCUGUUCAACCUCCAGAAGCAACACAUUUGCACAAGGAACGGUCAGACUGAGCAUUACAAACAGGAAACUACUCGGCAAUGCUGAAUAUGCCAAGAUGUCACAUCAGAUGAUGACAAAAGCCUAUAGCACAAGCCAUUGUGAAGAUGCUGCCUCAUUGGAGAAGUUGAGUUGCGACUUUGAAGAAGUUAAGGACUUACUGCAGAAGGGGAAAGCUUUUUUUGUCGAUGUGAGAGAGCCAAAAGAACUUGUCAACGAUGGGCGCAUACCAGGUUGUGUCAACAUCCCAUUGAAUGACGUUGGUACUGCUUUGGAGCUGCCACCAGAGAAGUUCAAGGAAAAGUAUGGCCGUGACAAACCUUCUCCGGAUGAUCCCAACGUUAUUUUCUCAUGCCGGAAAGGUGUGCGUGCCACGAGUGCCAUGCAGACAGCUCAUGCCAGAGGAUACCAUGCUGCUCGAUUCUACAGAGGCAGCUUCUGUGACUGGGAGGAGCGUGGAGGAGAAGUGAUCAAGGGAUGAAUCCUGCCACCUGCUGCGAAAUUUGUUGUAGGACUUUUAAGCAAGACUGCUAGCUUACGUAAUUGUAUUGCUUUUUUUUUAGGCUGAGUAGCGCAACCGUUUUCUUUACAUGCCUGGUGGACUUAGAGGAAUAAGCAGAUAUAUGGACCACUCUGGCUUUCGUACUGCCAACAGACCUGUGGCAAAAGAAGUGCAGACUGGGAAGGCAUAAUUUUUCAGCACUAGGAACCAUUUAAUACACUGACUUUUAUUUAAAAUGGAGGCACAAAGCCUUAUGGAAAAUGAUCUACUUUAGGUUUGUUGUACCUGUUUCUCCAUAUGAAUCAAUUUGAAGGCCUUAACUUUUGAAUUUUUAAAGGCACCUUACGUAUGUAGUAUCUGGUUCUAGGCAUUCAUUGUGCUCUCUACUGUUUUGUUAUUUGUCAGAACAGUGUUGAUUCAGACAAGACAUGUUUUUUUUUUUACUGUUUACCUUUGUAUUUUAUGGCUUAGAAAGCUACUUGCAUGAAACAUGUUUUCUGGUUUACACAUUUUUAGCAUUAGUCACACAUAAAACUAGCAGACCAUUCAUGCUGAGUUGUGCAGACACACUGCAAAAUAAAAGUUCUUAAGUGGGUG